AUGAGGGCUUUUAUAUUUCCAACUUUUUUAUUAAUAACACAGGUCUUUUCAAGGGGUUUAGAGGUUUCAGAAUUCAUUAAAGAUUCAGCUGUCCCAGAAAAUGAAAGAUACAUAAAGUUUUACAGAGAGUUGUUAGAUAAUCCUGCGAAAGAAUUAGAAAAUCCAAUAACUGAUAAAGAGAAAAAUACUCUUGAGCUGAUUAGAAAGGUUCAUUCUUCAUUAUCCAUUGAAAAACAUUUUGAAAAUCAGGAUGAUGUAAUAAAUGAGCCUAUUCUUGGAGAAUUAACAAAUCAUUUUAAACGCGAUUUUUCUAUUGAUGAAUGCAUUAAUUUAACAUCAAUUUGCUGUAAUGUUCUUAAUACUGCUGAGAAUAAGAACAAAGAAACAUUAAAAGGAAUAUGCUCCAAUAAAGAAAAAUUUUGCACUAAUCUAUUAAAAUAUUUUAAUAUAAUUUGCACACAAGUAAAAGAUGAACAAGAAAAAAUUGUUGAUUUUACAAAAGAAAUUUGCCUCAAGGAGUGUCAGAGAUGUAAUGAUUUUGAGGAAAAAUGCAAUGGUAUUCUAAAUAAUACAUGUAUAAAAGUGAGAGAAGAGUGCAAAAAAUUUAACAAUGAAACAAAAGCACCGGAGAAACCUGAAACACCUAAUAAUCCUAAAAAAGAAGAUAAGCCUAAAAAGGAUGAGCCUAAGAAAGAAGACGAUCCUAAGAAAGAAGACGAGCCUAAGAAAGAAGACGAGCCUAAAAAAGAAGACGAUCCUAAGAAAGAAGACGAGCCUAAGAAAGAAGACGAGCCUAAGAAAGAAGAUGAUUCUAAAACAGAUGAUAUAAGUGAAUCAUACCUAACGGAAUAUGAAGCAAUUACAUCAUUUGAAACUGUACCUGUAACGGAAUAUACAGGCACUGGUACUAUAAUUGCUCAUGUAACAACAACAACUCUUGAGGUUCCAGAGACAUCUACUAUCCUAGAAACGCAAAUAGAAACAGUUACACGUUGUAAUUGCAGAUGUCGUUAUUCUACAUGUACACAAACGAUAAUUAAUGAUUGUCCUACACCAAAACCGACAGAAGAACCAGCAGGGGAGCCAGCAGGGGAGCCAGCAGGGGAGCCAGCAGAACCAACAGAAGAACCAGCAAAAGAACCGGUAGAAGAACCAACAGAAGAACCAGCAAAAGAACCGGUAGAAGAACCAGCAAAAGAACCGGUAGAAGAACCAGCAAAAGAACCGGUAGAAGAACCAAUAGAAGAACCAGCAAAAGAACCGGUAGAAAAACCAAUAGAAGAACCAGCAAAGGAACCGGUGGGAGAGCCAACAUCUGAAUCAAUAACGAAGACAAGUAUAACUGAAGGAUGUGUAAUUUCGAAAACACUAACUCUAACAAUAGAGCCAACAAAUAAAUCAGGCGAACGCAACAAGGGUAGUGGAACAAAAAUUGAAAGGCUUUAUAAUAAUAAAAUGAUUUUUACGAUUGUAGGAAUGAUAACAGGAAUAUGGAUAGUUGUUUAAUAGUGAAUGUUUCUUAUAUUUCGGAAUGUUAGAAAUAUAGAAAAUCAU